GGCGGCUGGCGGGCGGCGGGCUCGGGCGGACAUGGCGCUGCAGUUCGGCGGGGCGGGCGCGCCAGGCACAGCUGAGGAGCCGGCCUUGGUGGGGGGGAGCUUCGGGGCUGCGGACUCGUUCCCCAAGGACUUCGGCUACGGGGAGGAGGAGGAAGAGGCGGAGCUGGAGGGAGGCCCGGGGCCCGGUGGGCCCGGGGGCGGCGCGGGCGGGCCUGGCGGCGGCGCGGGCGGGGCGGACUCCAAGCCGCGGAUCCUGCUCAUGGGGCUGCGGCGCAGCGGGAAAUCUUCCAUCCAGAAGGUGGUGUUUCACAAAAUGUCUCCCAAUGAGACUCUGUUCUUGGAAAGUACCAACAAAAUCUACAAGGAUGAUAUUUCCAACAGUUCAUUUGUGAACUUCCAAAUAUGGGACUUUCCUGGACAGAUGGACUUUUUUGAUCCAACAUUUGAUUAUGAGAUGAUCUUCAGAGGAACAGGUGCUCUAAUAUAUGUUAUUGAUGCCCAGGAUGACUACAUGGAAGCUUUAACAAGACUCCACAUUACAGUUUCAAAAGCCUACAAGGUCAACCCAGAAAUGAACUUUGAAGUUUUUAUUCAUAAAGUUGAUGGUUUAUCAGAUGACCAUAAAAUAGAAACUCAGAGGGAUAUUCAUCAGAGGGCUAAUGAUGAUCUUACAGAUGCUGGGCUUGAAAAACUUCACCUUAGCUUUUAUUUGACCAGUAUCUAUGACCAUUCAAUAUUUGAAGCCUUCAGUAAAGUUGUACAGAAGCUCAUUCCACAACUGCCAACCUUGGAAAAUCUACUUAAUAUCUUCAUAUCAAAUUCAGGCAUUGAAAAAGCUUUCCUCUUCGAUGUGGUCAGCAAAAUCUACAUUGCAACAGACAGUUCCCCUGUGGACAUGCAGUCCUAUGAGUUGUGCUGUGACAUGAUUGAUGUAGUGAUAGAUGUUUCCUGUAUAUAUGGGUUAAAAGAAGAUGGCACUGGAAGUGCUUAUGAUAAAGAGUCAAUGGCAAUUAUCAAGCUCAAUAACACAACAGUCCUGUACUUAAAGGAAGUAACAAAGUUUUUGGCGUUAGUUUGCAUCCUUAGAGAAGAGAGUUUUGAGCGCAAAGGUUUGAUAGACUACAAUUUUCACUGCUUCCGCAAAGCCAUUCAUGAAGUUUUUGAAGUAGGUGUUGCCUCCCACAGGAUCUGCAACCAUCAAUCAAGCACCUCAAAUAUGAAAGCAGUGACUCACAAUGGCACACCUAGGAAUGCAGUCUAGAGGAAAGCUAAAGACCUUGGAUAGACUUGUCAGCUCUUCACUCCAAAGUUUUGUGGAACAAGAGAAGAGUAGUCUGAAAGCCUGAAGUAUGUUUCAGAGGAGAGCGGUCCUAACUGUGGAACAGCAGAUUGUAACUCAUGUUGGGCAACUGAAACUACUGUGAAAAUACUUUGAAGCCAGUGGAGUUAGAAAUGCCAGUUUGAAAUCAGCUGUGUUGCAAAUGCAGUAGGUUUUCAGUUUGGAGUCCUCUUUUAACAGUCUGUGUCUGACUGAUUGCCUGGUCAAAAGUUACAAACAAUUGAGUUGGGUUUUGUGUGGAACACUGAACAGUCACUUGCUUAACUUUUAAAAGAUUUUUUAAAAAUUAAUCUGUAGAAUAUCCUCUUUUGCUUAAGGUUACCUCCUGUCAUGCAAAAGCAGAAUUAGUGUUAUUAAGGCUUGUGAAACUCAGGCUUUUUGCUUGCUGAGGCUGGUCUCACAAAUCAUUCCAUUAAGUAGUUCUUGUUCUUGCUGGUGUUCUCAUAGUUCUCAUGAAUUCUGUGCUUGUUAAGUGGAUGCAAGAUAGAGAGCUCUGUUCUAGUGAUCAUGUGUUUGUUUUGAGAACUGAUCUGGAGCUUCAUUUUAAGAGAUAGUGAUACUUUGCUUUCAGACCACACUUCUUGAUAUGUCCCCUUUGAUGGAAGGGAAGGAUUAAAAUCAGAAAUAAACUACCUGCUCUCUUUUGCAAAAACAUGGAUGUUCAUAAAUCUGUGUGAUUAAUCCUAUUCAUGAAACAACUGCAUGGCUAACUAAACUGAAAUGUCUGCCAUCUGUUGGAAUAAAGCAACCACUCUCAGCUAUUCCCAAGCAAAGAAAUUACAAAGUUACUGACUUUUGAUGGUGGAUCUUUCUCCACUCUCUGACUGAUAAUCAAGACAAUUCCUAGCAAAAUGUCUGAGGGUGUUAUCUGUGCAUGGCAAUUAAGUUCACUGUGCCAUAAUUCACUAAUAGUACUGGACUUUGAAAGUACAUUGAUUCUGUACUCUGACAAACACCUGCUUGUUUGUCGCUGUGCAAUCUGAUUAGAAUAGUGGUUUUUCUGAUUUUGUGAAUUCUGCUGACUUUCAUACUAUGGGCAGUAUAUGUGAAUUCUUUAAUUUAUUGGUAUUAGUGCUGCAGAUGUCAUUCUUUACACCAGCCUUGCUGUGCAGGAAGCCCAGCCACUGGCCCACAAAGACCUUGCCUCCUUUUACCUGUGCCCUAGGUGUUGCAAAGCCAUUGGACCAACUAUACAAGUCCCACUAUAAAAGUUUCUGCAAGAAGAGCUAAUAGAGGUGGUCUCUGCAACUGGUGUAUUUAUGUGGUCAGAAAUAACCAUGGGACUGCUUCUGUGCUUAUAGAAUGAACUUCCAUUGAUCUAUGUAAAAAUGAAUAUACAUGCAUUAACAUUGGGGUGUAUGCACAUACUGUGUAAAUGUUUGCUUUUUUUUUUUUUUUUUUUUUUUUUUACAGCAGGAAACUGGAAUUCAAGUGCCCUAGGUUUGUUCUCUUAAAUCUAGGCUGAGCCCCUUUUUGCUAAUGGAACUGCAGAGCUUUCUUUAAGAAGUGCUGCAGGCUCAUGAGAUUGGGUGUUGUAGUUUGCAAGCAUUAUCACAACUCAAAUUCUGAAGGUAAGAGAAAUAAUUGGCAAAGUAACAGGAAGAAGGAAUCCCCAUUUGUGCAGUGAGUUUUCCAUGUUCUAAGUACAUGAGUAUGUUCUUUCUUUUCACCCACUACAGGAUUUUGUGCUAAUAAAAUGAGAAAAAAAGUCAAACUGUAA